AUGCCUCGGGAUCGGUCCGAGUCGAUAAUGACCGAGGACUCCAGCGGUAUAGCAAGCCCAAGGCGCGAGAAGAAGACGACUCCGGUCCUUACGGACAAGCAGGCCAUUCGACGUGAGCAAUGUCGUGCAAACCAAGCGCGCUACCGCAACAAGCAGCUGAACCGCAAGCGCCAGCUCCAGCGCGAGAAUCAGCUCCUUGAGGAGGAAAUCCAAGGGUUAAAGCUGAGAAAGCGGAGCAUCAGAUUUGAGCGGAAGACCAACCAAAGCCCGUGGACGAUCGUGGGCGAGGUAUUUCGCCUUCUCGAAGACGGCUUUCGAUCCCCGUGGCGCUUGGCGAGUACAGAGGAGACGAUGAAACACGCAGAUACCCGCCAGAGCUUGGCGUUCCUGGAGAAGGCUUUUGUGCACGAUGUGGCUAUGGGAGACCUACGAGGAAUCAACGCGCUGAUGGAUCAGUGGAGACGGUACUCGCUGUACUUCGAGGAGCCUCAUCUCGAGUUGAAUCGAGUCGAGGUUUUAGUCAAGGGCGUCGUAUCAGCAACCGCUACGCUCAGCGUGACCAUCACCGACUUCACUCUUCGUUGCGUGCUCCCAGAGCUCGCGACGUGCAAAGGACGCAAAGCGCUUCAGCUGAACAGGACUCUGCUGGGGAAGCGCUUGAGCUGCGACUGCUCUAUGAGGUUCCUCUUCGACGAGGCGAGCUGCCGCGUUGUGCGUAUUGAACCCAAGAUCGACUUGGUGACUCCGUUGCUUCGGAUACUGGGGAACAUCAAGGACGUAUCGGCCGUGUGCAAGUACGCGCUUCUUACCUCAGAGUGCGUUGUCGGCGACUUACCAGAACGACCACGACGAGGCAGCAGUUGA